CGGACCCUGCCGAAGAGCGCGCUCCGUUCCUAUAGCAACCACGCCACAUCCACGUGCCUACGGUGAAGGGCAGGGGCCAAAAAUCUCGCUUAGUGCGCGGCCUAAACCUGAUCUUAUGAACGCAUUCGGAGUGCGAUGUCUUUAACUGUCACGUGACCGCCCGAGCCUGGGCCCCGCCUCUUUCUCCUCCCCAGGUGCUCCGGUGUGGACUGGAAGCGCCGGCCCCGGCGGAUUCACUGGAGCACGGACCCUGCGGCCGGUUGGGCUUCCCGCUCUGGGAAGAAAGAGAGAUGGAGGUUUCCUGGCGGCUCUGGAUAGUUCUAUUUCUGACCCUGCAGGGUCUGUCCGCAUUGGAUUUUGACCCAUACCGAGUCCUGGGGGUCAGCCGCACCGCCAGUCAGGCUGACAUUAAAAAGGCGUAUAAGAAGCUCGCCCGGGAAUGGCAUCCUGACAAAAACAAAGACCCUGGCGCUGAGGACAAGUUCAUUCAGAUCAGCAAGGCCUAUGAGAUUCUCUCCAAUGAGGAGAAGAGGACGAACUACGACCACUAUGGUGACGCUGGUGAGAACCAGGGCUACCAGAAGCAGCAGCGCGAGUAUCGCUUCCGCCACUUCCAUGAGAACUUUUAUUUCGAUGAGUCAUUUUUCCACUUCCCUUUCAAUUCGGAGCGGCGGGACUCCAUUGAUGAGAAGUACUUGUUGCACUUUUCACACUACGUGAAUGAAGUGGUUCCCGAUAGCUUCAAGAAACCCUACCUCAUUAAGAUUACCUCGGAUUGGUGCUUUAGCUGUAUCCAUAUCGAGCCUGUCUGGAAAGAAGUGGUCCAGGAAUUGGAAGGACUGGGUGUGGGGAUUGGUGUCGUCCAUGCUGGCUAUGAAAGACGCCUGGCCCAUCACCUGGGAGCACACAGCACACCCUCCAUCCUAGGAAUCAUCAAUGGGAAAAUCUCCUUCUUCCACAAUGCAGUGGUUCAUGAGAACCUGCGGCAGUUCGUGGAGAGUCUUCUUCCAGGGAACUUGGUGGAGAAGGUUACAAAUAAAAAUUAUGUGCGAUUCCUCUCUGGCUGGCAGCAGGAGAAUAAGCCUCACGCCCUCCUGUUCGGCCAGACGCCGGCGGUGCCACUAAUGUACAAGUUGACGGCUUUUGCGUACAAAGAUUAUGUGUCGUUCGGUUACGUGUACAUGGGCUUGAGAGGUGUGGAAGACAUGACCAGGCAGUACAACAUCAAUGUCUAUGCCCCUGCCGUGCUGAUCUUUAAAGAGCACAUCAACAAGCCCGCUGAUGUCAUCCAGGCUCGAGGACUGAAGAAGCAGGUCAUUGAGGACUUCAUCGCCCAGAACAAGUACCUGCUGGCAGCCCGGCUCACCAGCCAGAGGCUCUUCCAUGAACUCUGCCCUGUGAAGAGGUCUCACCGACAGAGGAAGUACUGUGUGGUUUUGCUGACCGCCGAGGCUAGCAAGCCAAGCGAACCCUUUGAAGCCUUCCUGUCAUUCGCAUUGGCAAACACUCAAGACACGGUGCGGUUCGUGCAUGUCUACAGCAGUCGGCAGCAGGAGUUUGCCAGCACAUUGCUACCAGACAGCGAGGUGUUCCAAGGACAGUCAGGGGUGUCCAUCUUGGAGAGGCGAAACACAGCAGGAAGGGUGGUAUUUAAAACCCUGGAAGAUCCCUGGACGGGCAGUGAGAGCGACAAGUUCAUCCUUUUGGGUUAUCUUGACCAGCUUCGGAAAGAUCCGGCCUUUCUCUCCUCUGAAGCUGUCCUUCCUGACCUGGCCGAUGAACUUGCCCCUGUGUUUCUUCUCCGCUGGCUCUACUCUGCUUCUGAUGCCCUCUCGGACUGGUGGGAGAGCCUGCUCCACAGUAACUGGCGAGAGAUGAUGCCGCUUUUGUCCCUCAUCUUCUCAGCCCUCUUCAUACUCUUUGGCACUGUCAUCGUCCAGGCUUUCAGCGACUCAAAUGAAGAACGAGAGUCACAGCCUCCAGAUAAAGAAGAAGUCCCUGAGAAGGCCGGGAAGACUGAGCCAACUUUCACCAAAGAGAACAGCAGCAAGAUUCCUAAAAAAGGCUUUGUAGAAGUAACUGAACUCACAGAUGUGACAUACACCAGCAACUUGGUUCGCCUGAGGCCAGGCCACAUGAAUGUGGUCCUCAUUCUGUCUAAUUCCACCAAGACAAGCCUGCUGCAGAAAUUUGCUUUAGAGGUCUACACAUUCACCGGGAGCAGCAGCCUCCACUUCUCCUUCCUCAGUGUGGACAAACACCGCGAGUGGCUGGAGUACCUGCUGGAGUUUGCUCAGGACGCAGCCCCGAUCCCAAACCAGUAUGACAAGCACUUCAUGGAGCGGGACUACACUGGCUACGUGCUGGCCCUGAAUGGCCACAAGAAGUAUUUCUGCCUUUUCAAGCCCCUAAAGACAGUGGACGAGGAGGCUGUGGGCUCCUGCGACCCUGACUCCUCCAAAGGGAAACCCCCCUGUGGCCUCGCGCCCAAGCCCCUCAAGGGCAAGCUCAGCAAGUUGUCCUUGUGGAUGGAGCGCCUGAUGGAAGGUUCCUUGCAAAGGUUUUACAUCCCAUCGUGGCCUGAGCUAGACUGAGACAUGGACUCUUCAGGUUUUUAACGUGCCCUAGGAACAGGGAUUUUCAGGGGAGUCUAGGUUUUAGAUUUCUCUUCUUGAGCAAUGGCUAGAAGACCUUUCCUUUGUCACCUAGGAGGUUUGAUCCCUAGAUGACACUCUUUCCUUUGUCACCUAGGAGUAAAACACGUCGCAGGUUUGAUUCCUAGAUGACACUCUUUCCUUUGGGUUUUCUCCUCCCGUAUGAAUGCCGCACUAUUUAAUAGACCGCUCAUCCCCUCUUCUUUGCUGUCCCUGUAACAUGCUCACACCACCCUGUCUUUAGGUUGGAGAAACCCAGGGCUUGACCUUGAGUCAUGCCUGAACAAACCUCAGGAUCCUCAAGAACCGGUCAUGCAGGGUGGGUCACUAUACCCCCCAACCCCUCCCCUGUAGGCUCCUGAUUUGGCCCCUGCCAUGCUUCUGCCAAGGCGACAGGCCACCACAGUUUCUAGGUCCUGCAUCUUCAAAAGAGGCCUAGUUCUAAGCAAUUUUACAUGUGACUGUCUUCUGGGAGCAAGCAUUGAGAAGUAUAUUUUGGGGGUAUCCCCCACAGCAGUUGGCCAGUCAAACUUUGAAAGGAAAGGGCUGAGCGGUGGAUGGGGGGUAACAUUUCCAUUUGGUCUUCCCCACCAAGAGAAGGGAGGGUUGAACACUGACUGGAGUCGCAUAGCCCUGUGGUCCUUCGUGAGCAUCCCUUGUUCCUCAUCUCUGUCCCCUCUCUACACGCCCAUGUAAGCCCCAUCAUAGCCAGGACAGAGUCUGCCUAGCCAGAAGCACUGUAAUGACUGAGCCACUGACCUGUCUCCAGAUGCCUUUCUGCCUCUGUGGAUUUUAGAGUUUGGAUACUAGGAGCCAUAACCUGUGGUCUUAUUCUCUGAGCGUAGAUAAGCUGCUAUAGAACCAAUAGAUUUUUAAGAUGACGCCAAGAGCCAGGUGCAGGAGCCUUCCUGCCUGACUCGCUCUCAAAUGAAAUGCCGGGCGUGUCUUCGUACCAAGGAACCUGACCUCUCUGACAAUUGCAUUUUGAACAUUGUUGUCCCCAAAGUGCUGAAUUUUCACGUUGUCUCUUGUGACUGUGAGCUGAGACUUGCUCCGGAUCCCUGUCUGGCAGGCAGCUAGCUUCCUACUUCUGGCCUGCAUUUUGGCGUCUCGGCUUAAUCGUUUCCUCCUUCCCUUAUUGCUGCUUCCUGCUGCCAGAUCAGAUCCAUCAAAUCCAGCUCGCCUGGCUCCACGCACCUCAGGCUCAGGGCCGGAUCAUGUUCACCCAUUCAACAUGCCCUUUGUGUUUAGGGCCAGACCACGGCCACACGUGGUGUGUUCUACUGUCAAGCAAGUGCCCUUUUGCAAAGUGAAGGGCACAGAUCAGGGACAGGACAUUCACUCAGUUAGUAUUCUCUAAUCAUAUUUGCUUUGAACCAAGCACCUCGGAUCCUGACUACUUUAAACACUGAGCUCCAGUGGUAAGUGAUGAACUCUCUGAGCCCAGGACCCUCUGUAGUUUUCAAAGAAUCUUUAGCUUUAUUAAAAAAUAAAGAAAUCACUGCCAGGCUUCAUUCUUCCAUCUGGCCCUCUAGAAGUACACGCUGACUCAAUGCUGCUUCUCGUGCACUUGGCCCAGCUAGAAAGCGUGAAGGAAUCACUUGGCUCCUCAGUGCCCAGUCCUCAGAGUGUGUUUCUGGAGACUGGGGGUGAGCUGGGGUAGAGCACGUGCCUAGCGUGUGCAAGGCCUGAGUUCCAUCCCUAGUAUCACAUACACAAACGUGUUUGGUUUGGAUUUAUUUUUUGGUUUUGUUCUGUUUUUUUUUCCUUUAUUUUUAUGGUGGGGCUCCUCUCGUGAGUAUGUUGUAACUCAUUCAUAGAUUUUUGUCUUUAUGUUUCUGGAAUUGAUAAAAUUCCUUGAUGUGGCCGGGUGGUGGUGGCGCACGCCUUUAAUCCCAGCACUCGGGAGGCAGAGGCAGGCGGAUCUCUGUGAGUUCGAGGCAAGCCUGGUCUACAAAGGGAGUUCCAGGACAGGCUCCAAAGCUACAGAGAAACCCUGUCUCGAAAAACCAAAAAAAAAAAAAAAAAAAAAAUUCCUUGAUGUGUAAUUUCUGAAAGCCAAAAAACUCCCCAGAUAUUUGUUCUUUUUCAAAACUGUACCAAGAAGAUAAACACCCGCCAUUGGGGAUGUUCCCAGCAAACCUGAGUCCAGAAUGCCUGCAGAUCUGAUAGGGGUGGUGUCACUAAGGGUGCCACGGAGCUUUGGUUUGGUUGCUUGCUUGCUUGUUUUGAGACAGGGUCUCACUAUGUAGCCCAGGCUGGCUUCCAACUCAAGCUCUUCCUGCCUCAGCCUCCCAAGUCCUGGGGUUACAGGCAUGCGCCACAAGUCUGCCUGUGACAGAUCCAAGUCUUUCUUCCUGAAUGUUGUUUCCAUGAAUUGUUUGUUUUUGUGUCAAAUAUGAGCUGCUUUCAUGCUCAGUCGAAUGCCAAGGUUUCUUGUCCUAAUGAAUGUCAUAUCACAAGACCCAAUUUCAGUUGAGACAUUGCUGUUUGAGGAGGUGGGCGUCUGCCCGAGACCACCUGCCUGCAAAUCAUGUUCAGUAGAUGGGGCGUAGCGGCCUCCUUAGUCUCUGCGGAAGACUUCCUGCCACUCAGGGACAGCUGCCAUUUGUCCACUCUAAAGAAUUUGCUUGUUUUCAGAUGGGUGAGUCUCCUCGUUCACAGCCUUUUAUGUAGUGCUAAGUCAUUUGCAGCCACCACCAUGUUUCCCUGGCGUUAAAAUAAAAUAAAAUGGGUCUGACCCACUUGCUUCGCUUGGGCUAGGGUGGAAAGCAAGCACUCAGCUCUGUUUUGUUUUCAAGGUGGAAUUCCAUAUUGGGGCUGGAGUUCAGUGAGAAAGCAUUUGCCUAGCGCAUGUGAGGCCCUUGGUUCUGAUUUCCAGAGAUGAGGGAGGAAAGUCAGGCAGAACCCCUUAAAUAUUGUUACAAGGAGCCAGGUGUGUUGGCACACGCCUAUAACCUCAGCACUCAGGAAGCAGAGGCAGGAGGAUCAGGAUCGGGAGCUCAGGGUCAUCCUUAGCAUGAACAGGUAAAACCAGCUUGAGCUGAGACCAGGUUGGGGUGUGACACAGAGGCUUCUCUAGUGCGCCCGAGGCCCUGAGCACCACAAAGUAAGUAGACAAGCAAACAGCGGAAUAAGGAGAGGAUGGAGGUGAGAUGCGGUUUGUGUCCGCGCGUCUGGCAUCACGCUUGGAAACAGGCAACACGGCAGUGCCGACUGUGCCGUGGUGUCUGCUAGGAAAGAUGGCUGCACCUGGGAGACGGCCUGAGAGGAAGGGGAAUGUUUUGCACUUUUGAUACUAUUAAGAACAAAUAACUUAUUUGGCAAAUCAUGUCUUUUUAUGUUUACGUUUUUAUUUUUCAGUUUUGUUUGUUUUUGGGUUUUGUUUUUGUAUUGUGAACAGGCACUAAAGCUACUGUUAUUUUGUUUUAAGAAUAUUACAGAUUGGAAACAAAUAAACUAUUUUGAUGUGUGAUGGC